AUGAUUAUUCUUCUCUUUUCCGAUGCAGAUAAACGAGGUUUGGAUCCUGCUCAUCCGGCCUUCUCCUGUAAGAAAAUUCUGGACUCUGGACACUCCAAAGGAGACGGGGAGUAUUGGAACGACCUUGAGAAGAGUGGAAACCCUUUGAGGGUCUAUUGUGACCUGUAAAGAUAGGGUGGUAAGAAAAUGAAUUUUUUUUUUUGAAACGAGAACUUUAACCAGAGCGUAUUUGACUUGGAGCAGUUGUUAUUGGAACGUUCUGGUCUUGGCUAAUAGUAUUAUGUUUUUAAUCAAAACUAUAACAAAAGUCACAAACGUGAUUGGUUAUCAUCAGCCAGCCGAUUUGAGCACUAAUAGGACAGUGUACACGUCAUACUUGUAAUCGGACAGCGUAAUAGAACCGUAAAGGGACAGUUAACGCGUCAUGCCUGCCUGAGUAGACAGAUAGCGUCAUGUGUGCACUGUUGUCUCGCAUUUCGCCGAGUUAACUUAUGUUUUUUUGUUUUUAUGAAAACGUAUGUCUAGUUUUAUGAAAACUGAUGUCUAGUUUCUUUCUCAAAUUUUAACACAGUUUUGAUUGAUUGGUAACAGGACUUCUUAUCGUCCAAUUCUGUCUCUAAUAAUACUCGUGAUUAACAAAUCGGACUCCCACUUUGGGAUCGUACGAUUUUGUUAAUCACUCGUAUGAUUUCAGACCGAAUUGGACUCCACUCGGUCCUGUUACCAUUAUUAAUAUGUCCAAAAUUCUAUUUACAUGGAUGUCACCAGAUCAUUAAGGUUUGUUUUACUUUAGGAGGUUAGCUCCUGGUGUCAAAUGUUGAGUGCGGAAGUCCCUCACCGAAGGUGUCAGUUGAGACAUCAUACCGUGGAAUAGGUAAGUCACAUAUGGUUCUGCAGAAAAGUGCCAUGAAAGAGCUCAGAAGACACUUGUCCUUCACUCAGCUGAGAUUCCACUGCCGUAAAAAACAGGGACGCACAUUCCACGUGGUCACAGCUUUCAACAGCUCAGGUGAAGUUAGCUAG